AUGCAGGGUGGCGCCACUGAAAAGGCCACCCUGCAGUACCAUCAGAAGCACUAUGAUUUGGCCUUCUUCAGUGUUAGAAUGGAUCGGCCCGUUCAUAUACUUUCUUUCAAUGAUGGUGUGAAGCGUUCUGACCAAGUUUUUGAGCUUGGAAGAGAUGAAAAGUCGUUUCUAAGGAUAAGCCAUGGUGUGGUGAAAAUCUUGAAUCCAAACCUGCUUGAACGGUAUCACUAUAUGCAUGUUCACAGUGCAGAUCCACACCCCGAUUAUGGCAUAGGAGGGCCACUCAUUGACUUUGGUGGAAAAAUCAUGGGAAUGGUCAAUGGCAAUACAAGCGGGUCUUUUAUACCGUCUUCCAUUUUAGUCAAGUGCUUGCAUUUGUGGAGAAAAUUUGGGUGCAUCCCUCGGCCCCAGCUUGGUAUGAAAUUUUGGUCAAUCAAGUUUGUAGACAUUGCUCUUGCUGAGAAUAUAUUGUGCAAGUGUAAUAUUGAUGAUGGCCUUAUUGUAAAAGAGGUGUCAUAUGGAUCUCCUGCUGAGAAACUUGGAAUACUGGUCGGUGACGUCAUUAAUUGUUUCAAUGGAGAACGCAUCUCUACAACAGUUGAGUUGGAGAAUAUGUUGCUAAGCAAAUGCGAGGAUGAAAAUAAUAGCCUUAAUUCUGAAGUCAAUGUCAAACUUGAUGUGUUUCACAUACGCAAGUCUCGCUGGAGUGACAGAACAUUAACUGUAAAAGUGUCUGAUGACAAUGAAGUUGUUGCAACAGGAGUUAGUUAUCCUUUCGGAGACGGGACACCAUGA